UUGACACAAUUCAUUACUGCUAGUUUUUUGGUGUCCUCAGUUUUGGGGGUUCAGCUCCAAUUAACCAUGUGGAGUGAGAUUUCACUUCCCCUGUCUUUCCAUCAUCCCUCAUUGAAGGAUUUGGGGUGAAAGCCUCCCUAGCUACUUCCUGUUGAAGGUGUGUGUUGAGUGGGAUUAGAGGAAUGAAAUUGUUUCAUGACUAACUGUAUGUAUUCCUGGAUGCUCAAGCUGGACGGUGGUGAUGCUGGGGUUCUUGUUUGCGGAGUCGAAGAAUGAGCUUCACAGUCAAGGAAAUGAUCCUGCCCUUCAGGGGACACACCAAGUUUCAUGAGCACAUGGCGGAGUAUGGAAAACCAGUAGACAAGCCUUCCAGACUAGCAAGAAUGUGGUUCUUUGGAGCAAUCAAGAGAGGAGAUGCAGAAAAACAACUAUUAUAUCCAGAAAAUCAGAUGGGUGCCUUUCUAAUCAGAGAAAGUGAAAGCCAGAAAGGAGAUUUUGCCCUUUCAGUUUUACAUGAAGGGAUUGUGAAACACUAUAGAAUCAGAAGACUGGAUGAAGGGGGCUUUUUCCUUACCCAGAGAAGAACGUUUUCAACAUUGAAUGAAUUUGUGAACCACUACAGCAAGACAAGUGAUGGCUUAUGUGUCCAGCUGGGAAAACCAUGCUUAAAGACACAAGUGCCAGUGCCUUUUGAUUUGUCAUAUAAAACUGUGGACCAGUGGGAGAUAGACCGCAACUCUGUGAAGCUGCUGAAGCGAUUAGGAUCUGGUCAGUUUGGUGAAGUGUGGGAAGGCCUGUGGAACAAUACCACGCCGGUAGCAGUGAAAACGUUAAAACCAGGUUCAAUGGAUCCGAAAGACUUCCUGAGGGAGGCACAGAUAAUGAAGAACCUAAGACAUCCGAAGCUGAUCCAGCUUUAUGCUGUUUGCACUUUAGAAGACCCAAUUUAUAUUAUUACAGAGUUGAUGAGACAUGGAAGUCUGCAAGAAUAUCUCCAAAAUGAUGCUGGAUCAAAAAUCAAUCUGACUCAGCAGGUAGACAUGGCAGCACAGGUGGCCUCUGGAAUGGCCUACCUGGAGUCCCAAAACUACAUCCAUAGAGAUCUGGCUGCCAGAAAUGUCCUUGUUGGUGAACAUAAUAUCUACAAAGUGGCAGAUUUUGGACUUGCAAGAGUCUUUAAGGUAGAUAAUGAAGACAUCUAUGAAUCUAAACAAGGAAUAAAGCUGCCAGUGAAGUGGACUGCACCUGAGGCCAUUCGUGCCAAUAAAUUCAGCAUUAAGUCCGAUGUAUGGUCAUUUGGAAUCCUUCUUUAUGAAAUCAUUACUUAUGGCAAAAUGCCUUAUAGUGGUAUGACAGGUGCUCAGGUAAUCCAAAUGUUGGGUCAAAACUAUAGACUCCCUCAACCAUCUAACUGUCCACUGCAGUUCUACAACAUCAUGUUGCAAUGCUGGAAUGCAGAGCCCAAGGAACGGCCAACAUUUGAGACAUUGCAUUGGAUACUUGAGGACUAUUUUGAAACUGACUUUUCAUAUUCAGAGUCAAAUAAUUUUAUAAGCUGAAGACAGGAGAAGAACAUCAAAUGAUGAAGUAGCAAUAAAGUUCAAUAAUCAGUCUAGAAAUACAACCUUAUUAGCCAACUGUAAAAUGAGUUAAUCAUGACAUAUUCAAGUGAUGGGGUCAGUUUAGCCUUGAAUAUAAAAAAGAUUUUAUCUGUACUUUAUUGACUGGGCAACACUGCAAUCUAAGAUGAUAUAUCAUUUUCUCACUGCCUAGCAGAAGCAAACAUACUAAAAAAACUUAAUUCUCUUUUUAAAAGACACUUGUACAUUUCUAUUUAUUGUUUGAAAUAUUGAUCAAGAGGAUCAACAGAUGAUAGUCAAUUUUUACUCACUGUAGCAUUUUCCUAUUUACUGAUUAAAGUGGUGAUUUAUUAUUCCUCACAUUGCUGAAUCCCCUCAGGCUGUUAUUAUGAAGGAAUUUGAUUGCUUUGCUGCACAGCAGGACCUGUGUUUGGAGAUAUUUUCUUUUCUCUUUUAAAAUACCAAGUAACUACAAUAAUGGUUAAAUGACUUGACUGUACUUGGAGUAAUUGCACAUAUUUUUUUCUUAUGCACAAAAAUGAAGCAGCUGUUGGGAAAAAGAAUUAAAAUUUCUCUCAUUUUGUAGAAGGAAAUGAUGGAAUUUUUCUAGACCUCCGUGUGUGUCAUUUGAGAAUCAUCUACAUUACUUUUAAUCUCUUAAUGUUAAGAAUCAGAUUGCAAAGCUGAUGAGUUAUUAUCCAUGGAAAUACGUGCAAAACAUCUAAUAGUCAGGAAGGUCUAAGAAAUAAAAAAAAAUAGUUUAGGAAAAUGAGAGGAGAGCUGUGGCCUUGGAUUUCUGAAUAAUUAAAAAUAAUGUAUCUCUGGCAUAAAGGCCAGACUUUUAAAUUGACUACAAAACAGGUCAAACUGUAUUCCAGAUCUAGAGGCUAAGAAUAAUGUCUAACCUUGGUAAUGAAACUGAAUUUUUUGUCUGGUAAGACAAGAGGGCUUACUCAUCUUAAAUUUGCAUUAACCUUUGUAAGAAUGUAGUGUCUUCUUAAGUAUGGGGUGUAUCAAAUUUUGCGCCUCAUUAGAUGAUUAGAGAGAGUUCUCAAAGGCAGUUUCAAAAUCAAAUAUAUAGUCAAAAAUGUUCUGCUGUAAAGCAAUAUGAAUGAAACAAGCCAUGAGAAAACAGUAUUUUAAGUUUAUUCUCUCAUCUUUAAAGGGGAAGAAGAACAUGUCUCAACAGACACAGAAACCUCAGUUCAAAGUGAAAUAAAUUUGUAAGCUCUCUAACUUGAAGACAAGAGACAAGAAUGGCUGUAGGCACAAUAUCAUUAGCAGUCCAAUUAUGUUAACAAAUACCCAAGUCCUUUCUACUCUUCUCUCUGUCACAAACACUGUCCUCAUUUUCCUGGUCACAAAUGGCAAAUAUUUCAAACAAUAAAUAGAAAUGUACAAGUGUCUUUUAAAAAGAGAAUUAAGUUUUUUUAGUGUGUUUGCUUCUGCUAGGCAGUGAGAAAAUGAUAUAUCAUCUUAGAUUGUCCUGCAGUGUUGCCCAGUCAAUAAUUACACAAUUACAGAUUGUUCUCUUCUCUCUAACUAGGAGGAGAAAAUGGAAACUUCUCUCUCUGCAUUUGCAGCUUGCAUAAAAACCAUUCUUUUUCUGUUCAGGCAAAUUGGGAUCAUAUGCUGAGCCCUGGACCAAUAAUAGACUUGAUGUGAGUGUAAUGUGAUGACUAGUUCAGAAUAAGUUCUGUCAUUAAAGCUCGGAAUGUGGUCACUCUUCCUGGUGCCAAGCUGGGAGGUUGGCUUAUCUAAAUAAAAUUAGAAAAGAUUAGAGGCUAGAUAGUGUCCUUUGAGGAAAAAAAUCCCCUGAGAGGAAGUAACUGUACUAUUGUAGGUAGGUGUGUACAUAUACUCAAACUUUUUUGAAAUGGGCCAUGGGGACUCAUGAUUUGAAUCUCUUGCUUCCUUUAUGAACAGAAAAUAUUUAUAAGGUAAGGUCAACCUAAUCUUUUGAAUUAUUGACUAUGUAUAGGACAACUUCAAUUAUUCAUUUAAAAUCAUUUAAUCUAAUUGUGAAAAUCCAAUUGCUAUGUUAUUUGCCUUUUUGUAGCAGCUAAUAAUAAUCAUAAUACAUUUUUUAGUAAAGAUAUGAUUUUGAAAUGUAUAAAGAAGCUUAUCCCUUCUCAUUUUAAUACCACCUGAAACCCAUUUAACUUACUACAUUUGAUUCUUGGAGACGUUUAUGUUCAAGGUUCUGUCAAAGCAAUCUAUUAUUCUUGUUUUUACCUGAUGGGUCAUGGAGAAAAAUAAUGGAUUCAGUUAUGAGAAGCAGUAAUAGAUUUUUUAAAGCUGACAUAAAUUUCUUUCCUUGUAUAGAAUAAAAGGAUCAGGAUAAGAUAAGUUGAAUUUUCCUACAAUGAGCCAGCUCUUGCUAAAUUUACCUCCCAAAAAUUGUAUCAAAGCACUUUCUGUAUAAUGUUUUAUUUAUGUAAUUCAGUUAUUUGUAGGUGGUGGUGAGGGAUGUGAGUACAUCAUUUCAUAUGGUAUUUCAAAUCUCUUUAGACAAAAAACUAACAAUUUUUGCAAUAGGAAAAAAUUCAAAAUACUACUAAACCUCUUUUAAGAAGGUUAGGAGGGGAAUAGGUUUACAUUACCUAAGGUCAAAAGAGACACACAGUGGACUCCUAAUAGUAGUGGAACCUGAAUAUUAUGUCAUCAAAAAUAAAGGUAAAGUCAAAGUGACCAGCCAUCUGCAAAGUGGGCUGUGGGAGUGGGGAGUCUUAAGGGACAACAAAGAACAAGCCACGGGGGAUAACUGGUUUGGCCCGUGUGCAAUGCCUACGCACAACAUGUGCCUGUGUGUUGACUGCACGGAGAGACUGACCGUGAGGCGUCCAGACUCCUUCCGUUCUCUGCGGGCCCAACGGGAACUACUGCCCUUGGAAGCGUGCCGCGCCGCCACUCAGCUGGAGCUUCCCGCAGCUGCUACCCCAUGGAUUUGCCUGCAAUAAUGUUUUUCAUGGUCUCAUUGAGCAUAUGGUUUCUGGCCAAACAGCCUGGCUGAUAAUGUGCCUGUAGUGACUUUCUAGGUCUCUGCAAAGAUAUAUAAUGUGAACUAGGAUGGUGAUAAUUUGGGUACUUAUGCAAAUUUUCAUAGUGUUCUUCUAUUGAAAAAGGCCAAUCUUAAAAAAAUUAAUACAUGAAGUUUGUAUACCUAGGUAUUGGAGUUGCCUUUGGGCUUAUCUGGAAAUGUGUGGUUCUUGUAUUCUCUAGCAUCAUUGUGGAGAAGUUUUGGUCUAUAAUCUCAAAAAUGAUCCAAAAUGUCUGUGCUGUAGGAUAAAAAAGCUAGAAAGUUUGAUGAGAAUAUGUAUAAAUCUUUUACAUCCAUAACUCCAACAAUAUUAAUUUUCAUACUGUCAUUAUUUCCCUGCCUACAUUACCCCAUUAAACUUCUUCAGUCUUUUCCUUUCUUAUAUUAAGAAAGGGUUGGUAAAUCUCUUAAAUUAGUUAUUACAUUUAGAAGUAACUGGUGAAUAAAAAUUGUGUGCAAACCCUAAAUUUCAGAGCCUUUAACAAGGGCAGCUUCAGUCUGCACUAGGGUGGCACUAUCUACAUAGGAGUCACAAGAUUAAGUUAUAAGGAUAGACACACAAUUAUUUCCAUUUACUCUUCUUGCUGAGUAAUUUAUCCAUUAGUCAUCUAAAGCAACAGACUUCAAUGUAACAUCUUUUUCAUCCUCAUGGAAAAUAAUCAGCUCUUCCAUAAAAGGGUAGCAAUUCUCAAACAUGCUUAAGUAUCUAGUUGUUUGUAUCACUGUGCAGGGUAUUCAAGUCAUGUGACAUAAUAACCAUGAAAUUGUAGUUAGGGAAAAAUGGUUAAAAACAACUGAAAUUGAUUUUUUAGAAGAAGCUAGAAUUGUAAUAAUUUCCUGAGAUUUUAGAAUAGAGGCUUUAAUCAUUCUAUUUGUAAAGAUCAAGUUGCUUGUUAUUAACCAAGUUAUGUUUAAUUUUUAUGUUCCACACAAUAUCAGGGUAAAAGAUAUAAUAGCUUUUAAUUAUUUUUCCAAACCUACAUUUAAUAAUAGACUCAGUGGGAAAGAAGGUCUAUUAACCAGAUUAAUAUCUUUUAAAAGGUACCACAGUGAGAUUUUUGUCUCUAAAAAAUGUGUAUUUCUGCAUUGUACUCUUUAAUGAUGCUUAUAUUAUAUAAUUACUUAUGAAUGUACAUUGUAAAUGAUUGUUAUAUAUGUAACAAAAUCGACAAAAAAGUCCUGUUUUUACUGUUCCACUUUUAUAAUGCUAUUACUUACCUUGGUUCCAAUGCAAGUGUUUAACUAAAAAAAUUUUUUUAUCUGGGUUCUUUAAAAAUACUAAGGCAAAAGUUUUUCUUACAGAUAUAUUUUACCUGAAGUGUUCUAUCUUUAUAUACAUUGGAUUUGUUCAUUAUGCUAGUUAUAGUAAACUGAUUGUUUUUAACUUAAUUUUUGAAAGUUGACUUCACUAUUCAGAGGUCAAGGAGGUUGUGGACCUGCAACACUGAUGUAUUUCAUAGCAAGUAAAAUGUUUCCUCAGUUGACUACAUUAAAAGAGUUUGCAUUUAUUUGAUAGGGAAAGUAAAUCUGAAUCCAGGAAAUAUGAGCUUGCCUGUAUCACAAACUCCUGGCAGGUCAGCUGCUUCACGUCACCGUUCUCAGAGACCGAGGCUGACCGGGAAACCAACAGCGCUUUUAUCAGUUGCUCUGGCAAUGGGAAUGAAAGCCCUGGGGAAUCUCAUGUUUGUUAUUAAAUCCUCACACCUGAAAGAUAUGCAUGUUGCUCCUGCUCAUUGUUCACAAUUACAUGGCUUCAUCCAGAUAUAAAAAGAGUGCUGGAUAUAUAAUCCUACCAUAUACUCUGAGGCAGAGUACAAGAAAUGCUCAGUACACAACAUUAAACAGUAUCAUACCACAUUGAAACAUCAAGAAAAUUUUACAUGAUGCUGAAUAGUAGAAGGCCAUGCAUAUUUAUUUUUGCAUUCUUUUUUCUUAAUUAUUUUUUUCAUUCAUUAAGCAAUAUAAAUUGCCUUGAGUAGCAGAUACUGAGCUAGAUGUUUGAAUAAAAUCAUGAACAAGAGGGAAAUAGAUUCUGCUUUGUUUUAGUUUACGAUCUAUAAGGUAAGACAUAUUGGGGUAUGUGACUCUCAGCUCAUAAACUAUGUGGACAAUUUUACCUGUUUGGUUUCUACCUAAGAAACCAACAUUAUGCUAGUUAUAGUAAACUAAUUGUUUUUAACUUGAUUUUUGAAAGUUGACUUCACUAUUCAGAGGUCAAGGAGGUUGUGGACCUGCAACAUUGAUGUAUUUCAUAGCAAGUAAAAUGUUUCUU